CUAACACCGAGUCCAUCAAGGCAGGCGGCCAAGAGCACGAUCGCACGCUCUGUCCUCGCCUCUGUCUCCAGUUCGAUGAUGUAUUCGCCUCGGGAUCGCCAGUCUGACGCCGCCUACGUCGGCUGCUGCGUAUUCCUCCGACGCCCAUCCACCCUUUCCCGUCUCGGCUACCGCGCGCUCACCUUGGAAGACUCCUCUGACGGCGAGGAGUCGGCGGUGAAGUUGGUGGUGGGGAAGGAGAGGCGGGUGUUCCUGGUCGACCGCUUCGUCCUCGAGAAGGAACCGUUGCGGGUGCUGAUGGAGAUGGUGGCGCGGGACGAGCGGCAGGGGAGGGGGUCGAGGCGGAAAGGCGCCAUCUUUGUCGACGUCGACCACAUCCUCUUCGAGCACAUGCUCUGGUUGGUCUACAACGACAGCUCCUCCUCCUCCUCCUCGUCUUCUUCUUUGUUGCAGCUCAACUUGAAGGAAAUUAUAGACUUCUACUCUCAGGAGAAUUGAGAGAGAGACCGCAGAUGGUAUCAAAAUUGGAUCUUUUCUCGUGUUUCAGAUUCCACAAUGGAAUCUGUACAUCCGUUCAUCUUGUUUGUAGUUGAUUUCUUUAUUGAAAUAGACAUGGAUUUACCUUUCAACGCUA